CCGGAGCCUGAGCGCCUGUCCGGGAACAUUGCCUCUCCCGAGACGCAGGCUCCAGGGCUGUACUGUGAAGUCGGACUGGUGGUCGCGGCAGCCUCUCCAAAAGCCUCGGCAUGGGAGAAGUGAUGACGGACGCCCUGAACAGGCCCGGGCACCGAGGUUGGGACAGGGUCCGAGGAGCUGCAGGUGUGAUUGAUGGGAAUGAAGUAGCAAAGGCCCAGCAGGCUGCUCCUGGGGGAGCAGCCCCAACCAUCUUCUCCCAGAUCCUGGAUCGAAGCCUCCCAGCGGACAUUCUAUAUGAGGAUCAGCAGUGCCUGGUAUUCCGUGAUGUGGCCCCUCAGGCUCCUGUGCACUUUCUGGUCAUUCCUAAGAAGCCCAUUCCUCGGAUUAGCCAGGCUGAAGAAGAAGACCAACAGCUUCUAGGACACCUUCUCCUUGUGGCCAAGAAGACAGCAAAGGCUGAGGGGCUGGGAGAUGGAUACCGACUUGUGAUCAACGAUGGGAAGCUGGGUGCACAGUCUGUGUAUCACCUGCACAUUCAUGUACUUGGGGGCCGACAGCUCCACUGGCCUCCAGGUUGAACCUACCAAAUGAUCAAGGACCCUUGACCUGGAUGCUUGGAUUGGGUGGGGAGAAAAAGGUCCCUGUGAUGCUAAUAAACUUGCUCUCCUUCAA